GCGAAGAAAAAGCAGGAGAGAACCAGGCGAGCGAUCGAUGUGGCGAGAAAUGCGGUCGAGAGGAGUCUUACAGCGAUAGAAAAAUACACGCUUCACCAGGGAAUUCACACGCGCCCGUUCGCUCCUUAUUAUGGCAGAAUGGAUGAACGCAAAUUGCUGCCGUUGCUGAUACUCUUCCUGGCAAGAUGGCAGGAGGCAGUGGCCGUGGACGUACCGAUGCGGCACGUCGCCGUGGACGUGGGUAGAGACCUGCAGCUGGCUUGCGCCGACGAGAAUGUCCUUUCCGAAGACUUGAAUGCAAAAGUAAUGUGGGUAAGAGAGGGACGAGAGGAUGGGCAGAUCGAGCGACUGAAGGUCGAGCGAAAUGGCAUGCUGUUGCUAUUGAAUGUUAGUGUGCAUGACGCCGGCAAUUAUUCGUGCACUCGCCUGGACGGUGACCAUGAUGCUGUGAAAGCCAGAAUCAACGUGGAAAUCAGAACACCUCCUCCAGCCUUGCACAAUGUAUGGGUUAAACCAUCCACAAUAUUGGCUAACAUUCUCUGGGAAGUGGCUGGAACUGGCGGUUAUCCUAUCAUAGAUUUCACUGCCGAAUAUCGUUUGAAACCAGCUGCAGGCGAGGAGCCGGAAGAGUGGAAACCUAUUAUUCCAACACACAUUCCUCCAAAUUCUAGACAAAUAGACGUGUACCAUUUGGUGCCAAACACUACGUACUCAUUUCGAGUGUGGGCAACCAAUCAGUUAGGAAGAGGAGAGAUUGUGGAGGUCGAAGGUCAUACACAUUACAGCGUAGAAGAAUUGGAACUCGCCAGACAUCUUUUAGCCGGCGUAGAGAAUUUCGAUACGCGCGUCUGGGUGGCAGCUGUAGGUAUUGUGAUGGGCACACUUAUGAUUCUUGGUUUAGGUACUUGUUACCUACUGUAUCGCGAGUGCAAGACACCCUCGCAGCUGGAGGAGCAGGAGGUGAUUGAACUCGUGCCCAACAUCAUUCUGAAUCCGGGAUUUUUCGACGAGCGCACCGAGCACGUACCGCAGGACGAGAACUUCAACAAUCAGACGACCACCCGCCUCAACAACAACAGCGUUGUGCAACCUAGACGGCUUUAGCGUUGUUUUUUGUUUAGCUUAGACUCGCUCCGUUCUAAAGUAAGUAAAUUGGACGCAGUUUUCCACGUCGUCGUUUCAAACGUAAGCAACCGAAUUUAUCGAAAAGGUCUCGAGUUUGUUUAAAAAAAAUAAAAAAAAAUAAAAAGAAAAAAGAGAAAGAAGUAAUAAUGAUCGACGAAGUCGAUUAGCACUAAAAUGCAAGACUAUAUUUAGCGAUUUAACGGCAAAAGGAGAAUACGCUUCGAGCGGAAUUUCGAAAGUCACUUUGAGCUUAUCAAAAGCUUCGAGCGACCCGCUAGUUUUCUCGACCUUUUCGUUAUAAUCGGGGAUCGAACAAAAAAGUCAGUUUUUAUUCUAAAAUGCUUUUCGUAAAAGAAUUUCUGCAAUGCGAUUUUCUUCUAAGAUAUUCGCAGAAAAUAGUCGUUAUUCUUGGAAGAUAAAGGAGUAGAUAAGUUAGCCUGUUAUAUACGUUCUGCUUUAUAAAGGAGAUGAAACUUAAAUAAUUUUUUUAUAUGUAUAAUAAUCGAAAGAAAUAUAACUUAGACCGAUUAAAACUCGAUUUUCAAAGCCCGGAUAUCUUUUAUGCAAAAUGUUAUAAUUUUAGAUUUGUAAAAAUUUUUUGUGUCAAAAGGAAAGAAAUAGAAAAAAGAAAUUUUAUUUUUGUUCGAUCUCUGAUCCUACGACGCGCAACAAUGAAGUGUUCAAAAACCAGAGUAAGACUCCACAUCAGAUUUCUUUGCGAGAGAAGAUAAUAGAUUUUUUGGAGAUGUUUACUAUAGGACGUUCUCUGUUUCUCUAUCUUUUUCUCGCAUAGUUUCUCGACGAGACAAUGAUUGCUCAGUGAUCGAGCUUAAGAGAAGUGGAACUCCUAUGAGCCAAAAGAAUCGUAGUAAGACUGUAACCCUUUAAUAAGGGUGUAUAAUUUAAAAGAACUCGAAGAAUCACAAAUCGUAAUAUUGUCAAAGAAAGAAAGAAAUAUAUAUUUUGCACUUGUUUUUACUUUUUCAAAAAACUAACGCAAUGUGUGAAUAGCACACAUAUGCGAUCUUUAAGAUUUUUUUAAAGAUGCUCAUUUAUCGUUUAAGCGAUCGAAUCGUAUAAUAUGAUAUAUGUAUGAUAUGAUGAACUUACUGCCGUUUUAAGGUGUGCACAAGUUGUUGAAAGUUCCUUUCUAGGAAUCUCCGUGGAAAAUCUCUUUUUUUUGUUUUAUUUAUUAUAAAUAUAUAUAUAGAUAUCCCACAUUUUUUUUCGUAUUUGUAAAUAUGUGCUCGUUGUAUGCUCUUUGUGGAAAAAUCUCGAGAUAUGGAAGGAUAUAAGAGAAUAUCCAUUUUAACAUCGUAGCAAUAAGUAUAAUUGAAGUAUUGUUUAUAUACUAGAUUUAUCGAUAUUUUUCACAGUUAAUCUCGCAUGCAAUUAUUCGUGGAGAAUGCAAAUAAUAUUAUUGCUUUGGCACACCUUUGGCACAAACUUGCCUCUGCACCCCACUUUAAUAAUUACAACUGCAUCUACGACAAAACGUGUGAUUCACACGUUUUGAUCCGUAAAAAUCAUAUUUUCCUAAACAGCGACUAAACCGGACAAAUAAGAAAAAAAGAGCAGAUAACUGUACGAAACAUAAAUCUCAAUAGAUACAAUAAAUCAAGAAGGUAAUACACAA